GUACCCCUUUAUAUACCCUUCCAACCCCCACUCUCCCACUCCACACCAAGCCACAAUUCCAAUUCAUCCUCUCUCUCCCAUAGAUAACAACAAAAAAGUCCCAGUCACGAAUUAGUCACCACCAUCAGUACAUACACUUCCUCAAAAAAUGGAAAUGGAAGCAAGCCCAAGCCCAAGCCCAAGCCCGAAGCAAGUAGUGGCAAGGAAGCUAUGGAACAUAGUACGCAUCGUGUUCCUGAUGUUGAGAAAGGGCAUAUCAAAGAGCAAACUCGCCGCUGACUUCAACUUGAACUUGUCGUUCAAACGUGGCAAGCUGGCAGCCACAAAGGCCAUAGCCAACACUAUCCUCCACCGCUCCCAAAACGACGACGCCGUUUACCCGCGCGACUACGAGUUCAGCUGCAGCAACAGCCCCGCGCUCUUCCACGUCAUCAAGCGCAGCACCAAUAAGCACCGUCACCACCACCACCGCUGCACCACCACCACCAAGUUCCCCCACCACGACGACGUUUCGACCGUACAGAAAGUGCUCGAAAUACUCAACAAUAACAAGGUUGAGGCUUCUCCGUUACCCGGGUUCGGAAAAAGUCCAAUUGGGAGAAAACUGAUCAGAAUCACAGACUCGCCCUUUCCUUUGAAGGACGAAGAAGGUGGAGACGAUAACCAAGUUGACGUGGCGGCUGAGGAGUUCAUUAAAAGGUUCUAUAAGGACCUCAACUUGCAGCAGAAGAUGGCUGCUAUUGACUCACCCUACCAUUAUAACUUGUGGGACAGAUGAAAAAUAUUAUUAUCACGUUCCUUUCUUAUCCAGAAAUUAUUAUUCUAUGCUUUCCAACUAUCACGUGUUUAUGAUCUCGGUUGAUUUUUACAUGCUAUAUAGUCAGUUUUUUUAGUUUGCAAGAAAAUAAUUAAUAAUACUCGACUACAUGUUCCUUGAAAAUUAUCAUGAUAUCAUAGAUUUGUUCAGUGUAUGUUUGUUUUAUCAUUGCAAACAGACUUUUGGAAGCAAAAAGAGGUUUACAAAAACAUACAAA